AUGGCCCCUGCUUUUGACUUCAUCGUGGUUGGCACCCUGCUUCUCGAAGCAGGCGAUAAUCUCGAGGAUAGGAACCUACGCGUCGAUGGGCAACGAUGGCUGACCUUUCAAAAUAAGAAUAUGAACUGGGGUUAUCAAACUGUACCCCAGGAGUACUGCAAUAACAGCGAACUCGAUUACUCUCGUGGACGCGGGGUCGGAGGCUCCAGCGCCAUCAACUUUGGUGUCUACAGCCUUGGUGCCCGGGAUGACUACGACAAAUGGGCGAAGAUCGUAGGUGAUGAUGCCUUUAACUGGGAUCACAUCCACGCCCGAUUUAAGGAGCUUGAGACGUUCCACGGUGAGGUUCCAGCCGGAGUUGAUAAAAAAUACGCUGUUCCAAAAGCUGCGGACCAUGGCACAACGGGUCCCCUCCACGUCGGAAAUGCUGCAGAAUGGGAGAAGGACCUUGUGCCCACGCUUGACAUUUUUGAACAGGCUGGAUUUCCACUCAACCCAGACCACAACUCUGGUAAUCCAAUUGGGAUGUCUGUGCUGAUCAAUUCGGCACAUAAGGGUCUGCGAUCCACCGCAAAAGAUUUAUUACAACGCCAGGCACAGAACCUGACAAUAAUGGCUAAUUCACCUGUCCAGCGUCUCCUUAUAGAGGACAAAAAGGCAGUAGGAGUAGUGGCAAAUGGCACCCGAUGCUGGUUCAAGAUCGACGGACUCACGCAGACGAAGGAGUUCGAAGACCUCCCCUCUGAGGAGCAGGAGUACCUUCAAGAAGUAACCGUCCCGCAUUUCGAAAUCUUCACUCACUUUCCCAUCCAUUGGCCCGUGGCGAGGUUACAUUGCAAUCUUCGGAUCCAAACGAGCCUCUGCGCAUGGAUCCAAAAUUCCUCUCCCACCCCUCUGAUCGUCGUGCUGCAAUUGAUUUCACUCCGUGAUGCAUUCCGCAUUGCAAAACAUCCUGCUUAUAUCAAGGAUAAGUUGGCGGAGUUAGCUGCGCCCAAAUCCAACUCUGACGAGGAUCUCUUGGAAUAUUGGAAGCAGAAUAUCUCGUCCAGCUGGCAUAUAAUAUGCACCGCCAAGAUGGGCAAGGCUCGAGAUGCCGAUGCAGUUGUCGAUUGUGAUUACCGCGUCAUGGGUAUCGAUGGUCUUCGCGUGGCAGAUAUGAGGGUGAUCCCUGUGUUAGUGAGCGGGCAUAUCCAAGCCGCAGAGUAUGUGACUGGUGAUGCUUGCGCGGAAAAACUCAUCAAAGAAUAUAAUCUUGCAUGA